AUGCACCUAGCCGUCUUCUCGCGCCGGUUCUGGGCGGUGUUGACGUGCGCCGGGGUCGCGCUGGGCUCAUAUGGACGUGACGAAUUCGCACGAGAAGACCUCUGCGCAUACGUCGAAGACAGCAUGACCAUCCACGGAAGCCGCGUCGGGGAACUGGCCCAGUGCGUGUGCCAGUCCGAGGUAUCUGCAGCGGUGCGGGAGAACUCCGUUCUGGCAGAGGCCGCACGCCGCGCAGGGCCUGAGGUCGUCGCGAAGGCGCUCGAGCACAUGAUCAUCCACGCGCCGAGCGCCGAGCUCUGCCAGUACCCUGCGCACGCGACGUCGAAAUGCGCGCGCUGGAACCCCUGCGCGUUCACGUGCCCGCCCGGGUUCACCGCCACACCCCCGGGCCCGUUCGCGGCGCACGGCCGCUGCGCGUGCGACGCGCCGGGGAAGCGCGUCUGCGGCGGACGGUGCGUCGCGGCGCGCGCCGGCUGUGCGGGCGACGCGCAGCUCGCGAUGUCGGUCCUGCACUCGUCCGAGGAUCGCCCGGUGGAGGAGGAGGAGGAAGAGGGGGAGCGGGUGCGCGCGCUCGACCGGCGCGCCGGGGGCGUGCUGAGGGGGCGGCCGAAGGUGGUGCCCGCGGCGUGGGGGGCGUGGGGGGCGUGGGGCGGGGGCGAGCCGGGGUGGGACUGCGUGGACGCGGAGGCGGACGAGAGGAGCUGUGGCGGGUGCUCGACGCGGUUCGACGCGUACUCGCCGGUCGGGCUGGACUGCACGGAGAUCCCGGGCGCGGAGAAAACGCGAUGGGUCGACUACUUCUGA